CGACAUUUUUGACUAGAAAAAAUGCCCCAGUCUCCUCCCCGCGGCCGCGGGGCCCAGUCCGUCGAUGAAUUCGGCCAGGAGAUCCCCGCAGACAGUAUUGCGAAGCCGCAUGACAAAGACCAGGAGACAAGCGCGAAAACGCAAGGGCAGAUAGCUGAAGGUGCCGCUGGAGAACAAACGAAACCGACGUCCCCAUCGUCGGGGGAACAAAGUGCCAGCACAACUGCCCAGCAGCUGACUGGUAGCUCAUCUUCCUCUUCAUCUUCUUCUCCAAGAACUGGCGAUGGCACUGCAAAGAUACCCAUUGGCGUCGAUGGAGAAUCGGACUCGCAAGGUGCAGCGGCAGGUGCCACUACAUCUUCCUCGUCUUCCUCAGGUACAGCAGUCGAAAAUACGACUGUACCCUCCAAAGAUGUUGAGCAGGAUCCUAUCGAAGUGGCGCUCACCCCGGCGCUACAGCUUCAGAUCGCGGACAAUCUGGCGUUCGAACGGGAACAAAAGGAACAGCAGCAGGAACUGAUUCCGUUGCCAACUAAACCGGAGGAGAGUGUUACCGACUAUGUGAAGAUUUUUGAGGAGGACACGGUGACCACUUCAGGAACAACCACUGCUGCAAAUGAUGCUGUGCCAUCUACUUCCGGGCAAAAUUUGCACAACCACCAACCACCCGCUUUCGACCCGCCAGAAAUGCCCCCGAAUUUGUCCACGGCGAAUACUCUUAACCCAGAGCAGCUGCAACAAUUUUCCCACCAGCAACAGCGGCAAUACCCCUCCGCCCCUCCGGUCCCGCCCCCAAUCCCGAGUUUCUUAACCAGCUUAGGCGGAUUAGGUGGUGCUUUGUCGAAGAAUUUGGGCGGUGGAACACUCCCGGGAGGACUGAACAAUACCACGACCGGAACAAGUGACAAUUCCUGGGCGUUUCUGAUGCCAACCGCUAUGAAGGACGAUGGCAGUCACGGCGACGGCUCGCAACAGAACGGGAUUGACACGCUGCCAAUUAACCCGUUCAUCCAACCACCGCCGGGAAUUAUCGCGAACGAAAUCGCGGAUGACGAGGAUCUACCGGAGUUCGAUUUGAAUGGAGGAAAUGCUGCACUAGGAACAGCUUCUUCAUCUAGUACAACAACAACCGGAUUUGUUCCAUCACAUCAAGGUCUACUUUCCGGUGGUGAGGAAGAUGUUGACCAAGAUGAGUCCCAAGGUCCUUCUGGUCCACCAGCAGCUCCAAAUCUCGGGAGCAGUAGUUCUGCUUUCCUACCUCCACUCUCGUCCUCCGUGAGAACAAAGAGGCAGUUGAAGAUCCAGUCGAGUGUUCACGACGGGAUUGUGGACGAGGAGGACCAGAAUGUGGUCAUGCAUCAAAACAACUUCCAAAGCAUAAAUCACGAGCACGACAGCGACGAGGACAAGGAUGAGGAUCACCGCAAGGCGUUUCUGUUGCAAAAGAUGCAGUUUCAGAAAAUGAUGCAAGACAUCAAAUGCAAAAAUGUCUGGGUCUGGAAGAUUGCGAGAUUUGUGAUGCAGGUUUUCCAUGACCCUGGAUGUCUGUAAUGCACGACCUAGCAUCGCAGAUUUUUAGAGGGCUUCCUGAUGCCUACUCCGCAUGACAAAUGCCCUCCCCGCGUAGCACAAACUCGACUCCUCUUGCUGGUCAUGCAAUCAUAAUCUUUUUAGAGUCCAAAAACAGCAUGACAAGUUGCAAUAUUCCAGACCCAGACAUUUUUACACUUGAUGCAAGAGAAGCAGGAACAACAGGAGUUGCAGGACGACCAGGAGCUGCGGACGAAGUUGCUGCAGGAAUUGGUUGACCGGGAUGAGGUGGAGGAACACGAACGUUUUGACGAUUUUGACCACGACGAUGAUGAUCUACGAAGACGACUUCACGAACAAGCGGAGGACCAUGACUACCCCUCGCACCCGAUGCGAACCAGAAGCAUGCGAGAGGAACAUGAUGACGAGAUUCUUGGGGGACAUGAACUGCAUCACCAGGUCGAAGAUAAUGACGAAGUCGAGCAAGCGGAUCCAGUUGAUGUCAUUCCUGGGAACAAUACUUCUUCCCGCAUCCAGAUGCCGCGAAGCCGCAACUUGAUGUCCAGCAGCCUAAUCCCCGCAACUUCUGCGGAAGCAGCACAAGACAUCAAGAGAAUGAUUCAAAACCGGAUCCGUGGGGUGCAAAACAGCAUGACAAAUAGCGUAGUUGCUGCAGCGACCUGUUCCACUUCUUCUGCCGCUGUCAACCGGCACAGCUCCAGGGAACAUCACGAACAGCAGCAGCAGAAACUUUUGACGAAAAAGACCGAGGAACAGGAACAAUUCGAGCAUGAGGAGAAGAUGAAGCAACUUAAAGACGAACAGAUGUUUGAAAAAUACGGGAAGUACUACGACCGAGGCCACAUGUACUUCUACAUGUGGCGCUCGCUCCUAGAAGCGCUCCGUUCCCAAGAGGUGAAGCCAGAUUCCACCCGGACCAACCAGGAACGGGCGCAGGACAUCGUCCGCGCGCUGUCGAAUCACGCUUCGAACAGUUUGAACCAACAGAGGAUAAAUUCCGCGGCGAAUUCGAUGAAUAGCAGGUUCCCGACGCCGUCUAUGCCGAGUAUGAGCGACCAUUUUGGCUUCGGGUCGAACACAAGCUCCUUCUUCUCUUCGAUGUUCGGCGGGUCGAGAUCGUUUGGUGGUAAUAACGAGCCGCCACAACUACCGUCCAUGAUGAACAGUGCGACAUCACCCGUGGACCAAGAUCCGAGCAAACAAUUCAGAACUGGGGAUUCGCCCAUGAUGUAUUUGGUGCGACACUUGACGUUUCCGGAGGACACGGCUUUGGACAACGAGGAUAUUACACUGCACUUGGUUUCUUCUGCGAAGAAGAAUAAGUUGACAGGAGCCCCACCCGCGUUAGGUGGAGAUGAUGCGGUGGACGGUGCGAGUGACAGCACAAAAUCGGACGAGGAAGGCGAUACAGAAGGAACUAAAGCAGCCGCGGAUGGGCAAGAUGGUGCAACAACUACUGCAGAUGAUGCCGAGAACAAGGCCCUUCUUGCGAACAAACCCGCGUCUCCGAUUCUUUCCGAGCAGCAACACAUCAUCGCGCGAUCCCCGGAACAGGAGUCCGUGAUUUGCCGGUGCCAAUUGGCGGCGCAGGAGGUCAUGAACCAUUUGCCAGCGGAGAAGCGGGAGCAGUUGGUGUCUUUACUCAUGUACGCCCUGUACACAGCGAGACACGCCAGCUCCGCACACGUAACGGGGGUCAUUAGUUAUUGCGUCACGAACGGAGGAAUCAAGCGAUACAGAGGUACUUAGAGGACUUACAGGUGUCUUUCUGUCUGAGGCUUGAUGGUGGUGAUAGAAAGAUUGUCUCUGCACGACUUGUCGUUAUGCAACCUUUUGGUCGGACAGUUUCGCCUUUAUUGCAUGAACUGCAUGACAAAAAGAAAAAUCAAAACUUGAUCAGAAAUCUUUUUGGAGCGCAACGCCCAGUUUCUCCGAUGGCUAGGCAUGCUCAUCCCAGAGCGCGGCGUCGCAGAUUUGCUCAUCAUUCUUUACUAUCAAAUGUAAAAAUGUCUGGGUCUGGAAACUCGUGAUGCUGGGUGGCGUCUCAUGAUGAGGCCGCAAGUGCUGGCUUAGCAUGACAAGUUUCUGAGCUUCUAGGUGUUGCCUAUUCUGCAUGGCAGACUGCGUUUCUGCAUCACAGAAAAAUGGAGCUCUUGGAUAACGUGCAUGACAGAUUCUCGAGUCAUGCCAGACAAGCAUGACAAACUUGCACUCUUCCAGACCCAGACAUAUUUGCAAUCCAUAUUGACCUCGGGCCCAACACAACGUUCUCGCCCGGACCGGUGAAGAACGUGACUGGGGAUUUGGAUCUGGCUUUUUUGCAAAACAGCUGCAGAUUUUGGCUCCAGGAGUACCUCCACGAUUUCGUCGUGGAAUGCGAGAAGAAUAACCGGACAAGCAGCGGAAUUUUCUUGAACGGCAAUUCUUGCAGUGAAUCCGUCAUGGACGACGUGAAUCUGCAGCAUGGGAUUGUUCAAAGCUGCAAUAACAUCGCGUCUUCCACAGUCACCCUCGUUGAGGGUCGUGAGCAAGAAAACCCAGCGACAUUAUCCUUAUCAAAUGUAAAAAUGUCUGGGUCUGGAAGAAUGCAUGUUUGUCAUGCUUGUCUGGCAUGGCUCUUAAAUCUGUCAUGCACAUUGCCCAAGAGACGCUUUUCUCUGUCAUGCGGAGACGCAGUUUGUCAUACAGAAUAGGCAACACCUACAAGCUCAGAAAUUUGUCAUGCUGAGCCAGCACUUGUGGCCUCCUCAUGCUACGCCACUCAGCAUCACAAGUUUCCAGACAUCCAGGGAUUUUUACAUUUGAUAAUCCUCCCCCAUCGACAACAAACGGUAUUUGGAGGAUGACGUGAUCCUAUCCUGUGCAAGAGUAUCGUACUCGUAUUGCAGGCAUGCAUUAAAAAUCUUUUUCUUGAGGCAAAUCCGCAUUACAAAUUUUCUUCGUCAUGCUGAGGAAAUUUGUAAUGCAUUUAUACGAGUACGAUACUUUUGCACUGGAUACAUCCCCCACUUCAUGACCUUUCUCCUCCGAGUCCUAGAGCAUUUGUAUGCAUUGCAAAAGUAACGUACUAGUAUGAAUUGCAUUACAAAUUUUGUUUUUGGCAAGAAGAAAGAUCGAAUUUGUAAUGCUGUUUUACGUUAGCAGGAAGAUUUGUCAUGCGUAUUUGCAAUUAAGUAGUACGAGUACCAGUACGAUACUUUUGCAGUUCAUAAUUUGGAAAAAAUGCCGAAAUCCCGGGAGUCCUGCGUGUUGACCUUCAUCCAGACUUUAGUUGCCCAAUAUCCUAAGCAAAAACGUCCCCACCCCAUAGUAAAGUUGGGAAUCUAGCAGCACAAAUCUCCAACUUUUGGAAGCUGUGCAUGACAAGUUUCCCUCUGUAGUGUCGUGCUGGUUGUCAAGGGAACCGCAUGAGAAAGCCACUUUCUCAUCCUGUUUACAGCAUUACAAAUUCCAAAACGCGGUUGGUAAUGCCUCUCAUGCCGCUGCGCAUUACACAUGUUCCUGUCAUUGCCCAUUUGCAUGACAACUCUGGGGUGGGGACGUUUUUGCUCAGGAUACCCAAGCGGACCUGUUCACGUUCCUCUCCUGCUGCGUUUCCAACGAGAACAAAGACUACUGCUGGGACGCGUUGCGGUGUAUUGAGAUUUUACUCCAGAUGGACAGCAGUUUCGCGAAAAAGUACUGCUUUGAAGAGUUGCUGCACAAGUGGAUUUACAAGCAACCAGAUAGGAGCUUUGAAAAGUUCAACGCAUUUUACCCCGCGAGCCCGAUCAUUCCAGACGUUUCUGGUUUGUUGGGCGGGUCGCCAACAUUAACCUCGGUGAAUUCGACCGCCGUGCAGGUCGGGGCUAUUCAGUUACCGCCGAUAGGAGUAUCAUCUGUGUCGUCCUCUGCAGAAGUUGUACAGCCUGUGACAAUUGAACCGUCAGAUCCGACCUGUGAGUUCCGGUUAUCGGGGAUGAAACCGACUGCAUCGCAGGACUCAAUCCCAGGAAACAACGACGAGAAAAACUGCGUUUUGAACCUGAACUCCAACAGCAAUUCAAAUUCGACCUCCAGCUCCAAAUCGUCUUCCAAAUCGUCCACCAGUUCGUCCCAGAAGACCGGCUACAGCUCUUCCAAUAAAUCGGACAACGAGAAACCUACCGUGAGACUAGGUUCCUACGUCACUUCGAUGCUGCGAUUGAUCGCCAGCACGGCGAAGAUCAUUUUGGAAGAGGAACAGGAAGAGCAGCGGUUACAUUCCGCUUUCAACAGUCCGGGGACGCCACCACCGCCGGGGAUAAGUUUAAUGGAACAUGAACGGAUGAGGAGGGAGAGGGAGAGCUCGUUGUUGCAAGAAGGGGUGCAUCACAGUGCGGAUAGUCUUCUCGGAGGCGGGACAACGACGAACACAAACAGCACCGCUGAAAUCGAUCCGGUAACUGGAGCACCUGCAACAUCAAAACCUUUGCGGCGAGAGCCGAACAUUCUGGAGAGAAUUCCGAUCGAAAUUUGGCAGCGAUGGCGGCUAUCCUGUGCAAAAGUAUCGUACUCGUAGUAAUUGCAAUCCUGCAUUACAAAUUCCUUUGUCAAAGUAAGUCCGCAUUUCAAAUUUUAUUUCUCAUGCGGAGGAGGUUUGUAAUGCAUUUAUACGAGUACGAUGCUUUUGCAUUUGAUAGCGGCUGUGGUACCACCAAACGACGAAGCGGAACCAAACCGCGCACAACUAUUUGACACAGCUGUUCAAACUGUUGACGACCUAUGGGAGCUACGAAUUGCAGCGGCAGAUUUUACCAGAGGUGUUCGAAAAGGCGAUCGAGGACUACGUGGAGUUUAACGAAGUGAUCUACAACGACCAGGAAUUUUAUGACAGUGCAUAUCUGCCCCGCCCCCUCAUUUGUAUAGCAUGAACGGCAAUACAAGCGCCAGCGAGAAUACAUGUUUUGCAUGACAAGUUUGCACAGGAUUGUUGCCGUGCCAUUUGGGCUGCCAGAACUUGUCAUGCAAACAGUGCUAAGCGGCACAGCCUCGAUUCUGCAUUUUGCAUGACAGAUGAGGGGGAGGGAGAGUUGUGCACAUUCACACACUUUCCAACGUGUGCGAGGAGUUGAUCCAACUGCUAAAGCAGCAUAAGUGCCUGGAAAGGUGCGCGGGGCAGCAACGGAUGCAGCUCGCGGAUUUGCUGGAAGAGGAGGAUAGCGACAAAUUUGAAGACUGCGGGUCGCCGAACGUUACGGAAGUCGGGGAGGAUUUGGUGAUUGACGAUAUGGACCAGGACUUGAACAUCGAAGAUUUUCUGGAGCCGAAGGAGGAAACCGAGGAAGCCGAUCAUGGGGAAAUAAAGGAGACUGGCUCAACCGGGGAUGAGAAUGCAUCCUCGAAGGAUCACGCAUUUGGGCUGCUGGAAAGGGUACUUUAGCUGAAUAGAAUUCGUUGCUUUCCUGAAGACUAGUAUCUUGUCAUGCCUGACGUAGGAGUCCGAUCUGUCAUGUGGAAAAUACAAGAACACCAUAAAAAAUCUUCGACAAUUUUAAUUUAUCAGGACGACGAAGACCACGACGAUGAUUUCGGUUCUCCGUGUGACGAGAAUAACGCGGUGAUGGAAGAAGAGCGGAAUCUCAACGUCAAGCAACCAACUUCCGCGUCGGAUGAUGAAGAUUUGGAAAACAACAACACCCUAACCAGUUUCGCCGAGAACACGGUGGAUUCUGCGGUGGGCUCAGAACUGGAUGAAUUGAAGCAGUGGGUUGAUCAGGACGGUGACAAGAAUCCACGACCGGAAGAUUGGGCAGGAGAUGAUGUUGACAAAAUCCCAGAUGAGCACCCUUCGCCCGAGGAUGGGGAUGUUGACAAAAAGCAAAAAUCGUCCGAAGAGGAAGACGACGACGAUAACAACCCCGACCCUUGGUCGCCGAGGAAGAAUUCGAGGAGUAAAAACGCGAAGUCAACACCUCCGAGCGGUGGGGACGUCGAGGAGCCAGAGCUACAAGAAGAAGGAGCUGCACCAGCAGCAGCAGCACCCGUGGUCAACAACAACGCAGCAGCUUCUGAUGAAGUAGAAGUACUAGACGGCGCAGCACCUCCAUUAGACGGAAAGGAAAUCGUGGAGGACCUGAUCCCGCUACUUGAACAGGUCGACAAUACACUCAUCACGGUCCCGCAGCAAAGAACCCACCCGUUGUUCAAACCCUUGACCGGCGAUGACCCGCUGAAAUUGCAGCAACUGUUGGAAUAUGCAAUGAAUGCAAAAGCAUCGUACUCGUAGUAAUUGCAAAUAUGCAUGACAAAUCUUCUUCCUAAGGUACAUCCGCAUGAGAAAUUUUAUUUCUCAUGCUGAGAAAAUUUGUAAUGCGUUUAUACGAGUGCUGCGAUACUUUUGCACUUCAUAUGGAGCAGCAAGACAACGAGAAAAUCAUCAAAUUCGGCGAGGAUUUGGAGGACGAAACGACCAAGGGGGAAUUUCUGAAGAAGUUGCAGAAGCAGACGAGACAGUUGCUGCGGACAAACGAGGAGAUCAUGAUGAGUCGUGGGGAUCACAAAGUUUGUGAUGCGGAAGAGCAUGAUAGUGACAACAAAUCCAUCUCUCCCAAUAGCGAUGAGGAGAUGAUGGCGGAAUUUAUGGAGAAGAAUCAUCCCGAGAGCUGCAUAAACGGCGAUAAUUCUGGUGCAGCAGGUGCACCCGACAUCAAUUUUAACCCGGAUGAUUUCGAUUUCGGAGACGAUAAUUUCGAUUCUUCCCCCAACCCGAUGUUUAAUUCGACCCAGGGUUUGAAUUUCAACAACACUAUGUCGUUGAAGGGCUUGGCAGGUACAAAUCCGAACGACGCCGAAGACUUUGACGACGUAGACCAGAAGGUCGCAGUUCGGUGCGGGGCGAACAACAUUAGAAUGUUCUACAACGAGGAGGGGGAGGAGGAGGAAAGCGACAACAAAACCGACCGAGAAGUUGCAGCAUUGUCGGAUGAGGAGGACGAGGUAAAGACAGACCCCGGCGAUCCCGAUGAGUUCAUUAUCGACCAUGGCGAGAUCGAGAACGAGCAGGCUGCUGCUUCUGAGGAGCCGGAACAAGAAAAACCCUCGGAGCUGAAUGAAGAACAGGAGGAGGACUUUUACUUCAAAGCGAGUCACGCACUGCAUCACGAGAACUACAAUUCAGCAACUGGCGGCGACUGUUCCACCUCUGUCAUCAAGCAAGAGGACACAACAGCUAGCGGGAGUAGAAAAGCAGGCUCUCCCGGACCGCCGAUCCCGCCGUUAACCGCGGAGAAUAUGAGGAAGGACCUCGUCGUGCAAGAGGAACAGGGGAAGACCACUGCAACGGAAAACGACAAGAACCCAGGGUCGGGUUCUUUGGGUGGUGCGUCAGCUGCAGGCGCAGCUGCUAGUAGCGACCCCGCACAUGAACAAGUAGAACCUGCGUUCGAGGGAAGCCGAAGCAAACAAGAAAAAGACACCGAGGAUAUUAACAACUCCUCGCCCUUCGAGGAAGAAACGGCGGAGGAUGAGGACUACGAAAUGCAUAACGAUGUAAAUGCGGAGAUUAUUGCUGACGCACAGCAAGAAGAUCAAGAUCCAGCGAGCAAUAACUACUCCACCCCAGAAAGCGAGGAUUCCCCCAGCAUUCGCACCUCCGAAACCAUUUUGGAUUUGAAAUUCAAACCGAAACCGAAGAAGAGGAGCAGACUGCACUCCAAAAUCGUGACGCACAAGUGGCUGAAGCAGGAGGGCACCGGGGCAUAUGUGGAUUUGCUGGACCACUUGGCGCAAACGAUUUGCAAUAGUAGUAAUCAAAAUCAUGUGCCGGCGAAUGGGUGUGGGACGAAUUAUGGCGGUGGAGUGAGAACAAGAAACAAUAGCAAUUUGUUACCCCCGCCGCCCCCACCACUUCCUGUCGGAUCCCCCGGCGGUGGAACAGCUGGAGUUGGUGCAGCUGCUUCAUCUUCUUCUCCGAAAGACGAAGAAAUGGCAGAAGCUGGUGAUGGGGGAACCAGGAAAAGCGAUGCUGAUUCAGCGGACAUCAAGCAAACACCAACGAACAUCUCCAAUUCCAUCCCGAAACCGCUUUACGACCGCUUGGAAAAAUAUGGAAGCGUCAGGAUUGAAAUCGUCAGAGUUGAAAUAGUUUGUAAUGCAUAAAGUGCAAGGCAUGAAGUGCCUGUCUUGCCGGGAUGGCAAGUGAGGCAGAUUGUGAGCCUAUUUAAAGUUUGGCAUAGAGCUGCUAAAGGAGCAUGACAAAAGCAGUCUUCUGUGCCCAAACAGCAUGACAAAUUGGAUUCCCGUACUCCGAAAAUUUGUCAUGCGCCGCUUGGAAAUUGGUCUUCCAACUGGUAACCAUUUUAUGCAUGACAAAUCAUUUCAACUUUGUCGAUUUCAAACCUGACGCUUCCAUAAAAAACUAGUGGAAAAACGGUCCUGCAUCCAGGAAUUCUGGGGCUGGCAGGCGCGGUAUGAAUGUGCACAGCUCCCCCUCUCCUCAUUUGUAUUGCAUGAACAGCAAUAAGUACAAACACCACCUCCACUACACGUGGAGCCUGUACAUGACAAAUUCAUGCACCUAGUGUAGAAGUACUGUUUGGGCUUCCGGAAGAAUCUGUGAUGCAAACAGUGCCAGCACAGGGAAGUCGAAGCACUUGGAUUUGGGGUUUUGCAUGACAAAUGAAUGGGAGGGGGAGUUGUGCACCCUCAUACGCGGUUCAAGAAGAUGCAACUGCAGAACCCCUCUGCGACGGUGCUGGACCUGUUUUCGGACUCGACGGUCAGUACCGCGAUGAAAAUCUACCAGAAGGAAUUGGAGGCAAGGCGGAGUAGUAAGCAGGGGAGCAGCAAGGGCGUUUCAUCGAAUUCUGGUGGAAACAAAUAA